GGCUGGGGCCAUUGUCUCUUUAGUUAAACACUUCCGUAGCGCUCUCUGUGAAAUAUUGCGAUCUGGUUAAGCUUUUCAAAAUUCGUGGAAACCCUAAUUCGACAGGCUCUUCUUCUUUAUUGGCCGUGAAAAUGGAUUACUUGAAAUCAGUAGUCCCGUCUCAGCUUGUAUCCGAACGAGGAUCAAAUCUCGUUAUCAUCAACCCAGGGUCUGCGAAUGUAAGAAUAGGACUUGCUAAGCAAGACACACCUUUCAAUGUCCCUCACUGCAUUGCUAGACACACCACCAUAAUCGGCAAACCAAACCUUCUCGAUCAGAUGAUUAACACUCAGGUCACCACCACCAGUCAACAAGUUGACCGUGAGAGAGCUUUCAACACUAAGACGGCGUCGCUGUUGAAGAUACCAUACCUGGAUGGAAGCUCUUCUUUUGGCUCACGCAAGACGGCGAGGAUCGAUGGAUACAACCAACCAAGUACUAAUACGAAGAAAGAUACGGCCUUUCCUUGGACUGAUGUGUUUGAGGACGAGCCUAGUUCGCUUCCCACCUCAGAAACCUCUGCUCAUAGAAGUGAAGACAACGCAGAUAGAGCUGCUCCUGAUGUUACAGACUCUGGUGAGAGUAAGCGCAAGUAUAGGAAUAUGAUUUUUGGUGAAGAAGCUAUGAGAAUAUCUCCAAAAGAGCCAUAUACCAUUCACCGUCCUAUCCGGAGAGGCCACUUCAAUGUUUCGCCACAAUAUUCAGCGCAACAGGUUUGUGAGGAUUUAGUCGCUAUCUGGGACUGGGUUUUGCUAGAUAAACUUGAGAUAGCUCACAGUGAGAGAAACAAGUAUUCUGCUGUUCUUGUUGUCCCGGGAACAUUUGACAGCCGCGAAAUAAAGGAACUGCUAACUAUCGUGUUGCGAGACCUAUGCUUUAGCUCAGCAGUGGUCCACCAAGAAGGUUUAUCCACCAUUUUUGGGAAUGGUUUGUCAACAGCUUGCAUUGUGAAUAUGGGAGCCCAGACAAGUGCAGUUGUUUGUAUCGAGGAUGGAGUCUCAUUGCCAAAUACUGAAAAGAUUCUACGUUUUGGAGGAGAUGAUAUAUGUAGAUGCCUUCUAUGGAUUCAGAGGCAUUACCAAAACUGGCCACAGCUCCGAACAGACGUUUUGGCAAAGCCAAUCGAUAUGCUGAUGCUUAAUCGACUUAAGGAGUCAUAUUGUGAGAUUAGAGAAGGAGAAGUUGAAACAGCUGCAACAGUUUAUUCUUACGAGGACGGCAUGCCAGCUGUGGCUCACAAGACAAAUCUCACCUCACUUAACGUUCCACCGAUGGGUUUGUUUUAUCCUAACCUUCUUGUUCCUGAAUUGUUUCCCCAGCCACCACGUACAUGGUUCCAAGACCAUGAGAAUAUGUUGGAGGAAACAUGGAACAUGGACUUUGGUGGUGGUAAUAUGGGAUUACCAGUGUGGGAUAGUUUUGCAGUUUCUCCUCUGAACCCGAAGAAAGAAGAGAAGAUUGGUCUUGCUGAAGCCAUUACCAGCAGCAUUCUCUCUGCCGGACGCAUAGACCUUCAGCGAAAACUAUUCUCCAGCAUACAAUUGGUUGGUGGUGUUGGUUUGACUAAAGGUCUGGUCUCAGCCGUGGAAGAAAGAGUUCUUCAUGCGAUACCUCCAACGGAAGCCAUAGACACGGUGGAGGUUCUGCCGUCAAAAAUGGAUCCAACAUUCGUAUCUUGGAAAGGAGGAGCGGUAUGUUCUACCUUUUUGCAUCUGUUUAUGAGCAUGAUUCUGGGAAUAUUGGAUUUUGGAAGGGAGGCAUGGAUACACAGGAACGAAUGGAUGGAGAAUGGGAUACGAGUAGGGAGUGCUAAGAAGUACAGAGACUCUUAUUACAUUCAAGCACAAGCAUUUUGUUUCAUCAACUCCUAGUGUUACGUUGUUGUUAAGACACUUUUCUUAAUACACGAGAGAGGGAGUAAAAGCAAAGUUAUUUUGUUAGUUUGUAGCGGAGGUUUAUUUAUUUAUUUGUUUUUGUUAAAAGAAGUUGGUUACGGUUGA